AUGGCCUCAAUAAUGCAGCGCCGCAUGCUGUCCAAGGCGGACGAGGAGACGACCGACGAAGUCGAGGUGCGACGAGAGGAUCAGGACAAGAUCAACCGAUUCAGCCGGCUGCACCAGCGUGAGAUUGUCUUGGAGGAGGAGCUGGGCGCAAAGAAUAAGGAAAAGGAGGAACUCGACGACUUGUCCACAGAACUCGAACUUGCCGAUGAGGACGAAAAGAUUCAGUACAAGAUCGGCGAUGCCUUCUUCCACGUCUCCCUAGAGCAGGCUCAGGAGAUGCUCGAAGAAGCCACAGAGAAGCUUGAGGAGGAGUCGACAGAGCUGGAGGAGAAGCUUUCGUCCAUCCGCGAGGACAUGACCAAGCUCAAGGUCGAGCUGUAUGCCAGAUUCGGAAAGCAAAUCAACCUAGAGACCUGA